GCUGAUAUAAUCACACUUGAAAAAGAUCUAUAAUACGACGGGUUCUGAUCAUGAUCAGGAAUGCAACUAGAUAAGUAGACAUUGUUUCUGAAAUGUUUACCGUCAGGUGUCUUAGUAAUAUUAGGAAAGCUUUUCCCUCCUCAAUUAAUGACCCAACGCGUGUUCCUGGAUGAGCGCGUAAAGUGUUGUUCUUAUUUCCAGAAUGCACAAUUGUUGAUUGGUGUUUCUCUGGCACAUCUAUCUGUCUUAAAGCAAUCAUCAUCCUCCUCCUCCUCUUUCUUACAAUGAUAUGAUGCUCAUUCAUUAUGACAUCACCUUUGCCUGACUCGCAAGGGUCAUCAUUGCCUGCAACGCCGCCAACAUCAAAUGAUGCAGUGAAGGAGAGAGCAUACCUAUGGAGUGACUUCAUCUUGCAAUCUCCAACAACCAAGAAAAGCACAGAAGCACAAGAAGCAAUCGAUGUUGAUGUAGUGGAGAAUGUGGUCGAAGAAGCAGAGGAAGUAGUCGAGCGAGAGCAGAUACCGGCACCGGCUCCGAGCAAAUCAAUUGAUUGGAGAGCACCGACGUUCAUAUCUCGAACUCAACAAGAGAAAAGAGUUCAGCCUAAAGCAUCAAUUGUGCAAAACCAAGAUGAUUCAAGCGAUGAAGAUGAACAGCAUACAUUCCGGCCCACAGCAUCAAGAAAUUGGCGAACGCCCAUGCAGUAUGUGCGGAAGGAAGAAGAGAAAGAGGAAAGUACGAAUAGCAGUGUAUUUGUCGGUCAUGAUGAUACUGAGCUUACCCGACUCGAAGAUACAGACGGCUCAGAGGUGGAUGAAGAAGAUGAGGAAAUGGACGAGUAUGAGAUGCAAGACUAUCUCAAUUAUAGGCUAAAGACCGGCUUAAGUCAUUUAGACGAACGCUUAGGUCAAGAAUACAUGCAUGCCGCACAAGAUGACGAACAAUUUGAUUCAAAUCAAGGCGGUCUAAGGAGUGGUGGACUGAUUGAGGUCAGUGGCACUCCAGGUAGUGGAAAGACUACUCUUUUGAUGCAGCUUGCUAUCAAGGAACGGCUCAACAGUCUUCAACAGUCUCUUAGCUCACUACACGAGGGCGAGGAAAGAUUGAAUGGCGAAGCGUGUAGGUCUGAUCGUGGGAGACAGGUGGUCAUGAUUGAUACGGAAGGCAGCAUUAGCGCUAGACGAAUGGCUCAAAUGACGAAAGCCCUGAUCACAGAUUUGCUUGACAGUUGGGAGGAACAAGAAUGGAGCACGAAGCCAUCACAUGAUGUAUUGUUUCAUCAUACGUUAGCAGGAAUCCGCAUCAUCCGAUGUACAGCUCUGUUUGAGCUUGUGGCGACUUUUGGAGUGCUUUUGCCAACAAUUGAUGUAGAAUCCAUUCGUCCAGACUACAAAGAUGAAGACGAAGAACGAGCAAAGAAGGUCAAAGAGAUUGAUAAGAUGAUGCGAAAAAAGAGAUUACCCGAAAGAACUUCUUUGAUCAUAAUCGACAGUAUGAGUCAUUUUUUUCGAGCACCGACGACGAACGAAAGGCAGGAAAGGUCAAAGCGACAACAGGCGAUCCAAUGUGCUCGUUUAUUUGCCUCACAUGUUCAUCUUUCUGGCAUCAAGCUGAUCAUCUCGACGCAAAUGUCAAGUUACUUUGUCGAUGUACACGGCGAUAAAAGUAACAUCAUCAAACCUGACAACAUCGGCUUCUUGAGGCCUACUUUGCGAGAUUGGAUGGAAGAAGAUCUUGCCAGGAGUGCAUGGCAUCUUCAACUGUACGGAGCGGAACUAGGUAGUGCCCGAAAGAUAGCAAGAAUAAUUUCUCGGCCUCACUCUUUGCUCAAUCACGAUCUCUACGGCGAAGAAUAUUGGAGUGCACAAUUGCCAUACGUGAUAGACACACGAGAUGGAAUAAUGCGCAGUGUUUGAUUCGUUAUUCUGUAAAUUACUGUAUUCUA